AUGGCACUCAGCAAUAAUGUGCUCUUAUUGUUGGUGGUGCUGAUGACAGUUAUAAACUGGCAAGCAGCAAAUGCCUUGCGAGCAGACAUGAAGCGCGUGGAUAGCAGCAACAUGACUUCUUCCCAACGCCUUCACGCUGCCGUGCUCAGAAGCAACGCAAGGUUGAGAAGAAUCGGAAGCUCAGUGAGAGGAGCAGCAGCGUUCAUGUCCAUGGACGUGGAUGCUCCAGUGAAUCGGGGGAACAAUCUGAGCGAAUUCCUGAUAACAAUGGCCAUCGGAACACCCCCGCGCAAAAUGGUUGCAAUGUUGGACACGGGCAUUACGACCGACAUCUUAUCAAAUGAGACGCUGACUCUGUGGGACACUAGUGGAAAUCAGCAGUCUUUUGCAGGGAUUACAUUUGGCUGCAGUCAUGACACGCCACGAGGAGACGGUUUUUCUGAGGCGGACGAUGUGUUUGGGCUCGUGCGUGGAAGCUUGUCGUUCGUGUCUCAGAUGGGAUCCAGUGUGGGAUCUCGAUUCUCUUACUGUCUCACCUCUUUCAUGGACGACUCCCCAUCAGAUUCGAGCCCUCUUCUCUUCGGCACAGUAGCCAAUUUGACGGAAACAAUCAGAGUUCAAUCUACGCCCAUGAUUGAAAACAUAAUCCGCAAAGACCUCAACACCUUGUAUUACAUCUCUGUGAUGUCAAUCGGAGUGGGGCAAAAAAUGGUUUUUGUUCCUAAAGGAACAUUUGAUAUUCAACAAGAUGGAAGUGGAGGGUUCAUCAUUGAUUCGGGCUCCGCCGUCUCAUACUUGACACCCGCAGCAUUCACUGGAGUUGCAAAGGCCAUUGAUUCCGUUGUGAAGUGGGAUCGAGCGGAUGGUUCUGAUUAUGGCUUUAGUCUGUGCUAUCAUGUACCUCAAGGUAAUGACAGCAAUGGUUUUCCUGAUAUCAGCUUCAUUUUCGAGGGUGGUGCAGAGUAUGUGGUUGAUCAGAAAUAUAACUUCCGUUUGGUGAACAAGACGAGUGGUCUGGUGUGUGUGCUGAUUUUGGAAAUGGAUGAGGCUAUGGCAGCGGCAUCGCCAUCCAUUCUAGGAAAUUAUCACCAGCAGAACUAUCAUAUUUUGUAUGACAAUGACAAUCAGAUGCUCUCUUUUGUUCGGGCCUCUUGUGCUAGCUUGUCUCAACCUGCAUUCGAUCAAACCUUUUCGGAUGCACAAUCCCCUAAACCAGCUAAUACACAGUCGAGUGCACAUGUUAAUGCUGUUAAUUAUGGGUAG